GGUCGGCACGUGCUUCGUGGUUCAACGUGAUUGGAGAACCGCCCCGCCGGCGUCGUGUGUUACGAGUAUAUCGCGUCGCCGUUGCGGCCGUUCCGUGACAGUCGGUGAAAAAACAGCGGAGCGUUACGGUGGCAGUGAGUGAGUUCGCCAGGCUUUCGUCGGUGAUUUCUCUUUCUCAGAAUCGUUCACGGUUAUCGUUGCCGCGGCGAAGAUGAGAAAACUGUACAUACUGAUCGCGGGAUUAUUCCUGCUGGCGGGAUUCGUCCGGGCCGAGGAUGAGGCCGAGGAGAACGCCGGUACCGUGGAGAAUGAUCUUGGCGCCAGCCGCGAGGCAUCGCGAACAGAUCAUGAAGCAGUACAAAGAGAAGAGGAAGCGAUAAAGAUCGAUGGUUUAAAUACUGCCCAGAUAAAAGAACUCAGAGAAAAGGCUGAAAAAUUUGCAUUUCAGACUGAAGUCAACCGCAUGAUGAAACUUAUUAUUAAUUCUCUUUACCGUAACAAAGAGAUUUAUCUCAGAGAAUUGAUAUCAAAUGCAUCCGACGCAUUGGACAAAAUUAGAUUAUUGUCUCUCACCAAUAAGAGCGUGUUGGAAACAAAUACUGAAUUGGCUAUUAGAAUAAAAGCAGACAAGGAAAAUAAAGUACUGCAUAUAAUGGAUUCUGGUAUUGGCAUGACGAAGCAAGAUUUAGUGAACAAUCUUGGAACCAUCGCUAAAUCUGGCACAGCCGAGUUUCUGGGAAAAAUGCAGGAUGUCACGAAUGCCCAGGACAUGAAUGACAUGAUCGGUCAAUUUGGUGUGGGCUUUUAUUCUGCCUACUUGGUUGCAAAUGUUGUUGUUGUUACCACCAAACAUAACGACGAUAAACAGUAUAUUUGGGAAUCCGAUAGUUCCAACUUUAGCAUUAUUGAAGAUCCACGUGGAGAUACCUUGAAGAGAGGAACGACUGUAAGCUUACAUUUGAAGGAUGAAGCAUCAGACUUCCUAGAGCCUGAUACGAUUAAGACCCUAGUGAAGAAAUAUUCACAGUUUAUCAAUUUCCCUAUAUAUUUAUGGAACAGUAAACAAGUACAAGUCGACGCUGAAGAAGUGGAAGAAGAUAAGCCUGUAAAAGAGAAAGAUGAUAGCGAUACCGAAGAUAAAGAGGACGAGGAGGAUGACGCUAAGGUAGAAGAGGACACAGAGGAGAAGAAACCUAAGAAAGUGGAUAAGACUGUAUGGGAUUGGGAACUAUUGAACGAUUCGAAACCAAUUUGGACACAGAAACCGAACGAAGUCGAUGAAAAGGAAUAUAUCGAGUUCUACAAGACACUGACCAAAGAUAAUCAGGAACCUUUGGCAAAGACGCAUUUUAUUGCGGAGGGUGAAGUCACAUUCAAAUCUGUCUUAUAUAUCCCUAAGGUUCAACCGAGUGACAGCUUCAAUCGAUACGGUACCAAGUCCGACAACAUCAAGUUGUACGUCAGGCGAGUCUUCAUCACCGACAAGUUCACCGACAUGAUGCCGAAUUAUCUGUCCUUUAUUCGUGGUAUCGUGGACAGCGACGAUCUACCGCUCAAUGUUUCACGCGAGAAUCUUCAGCAGCACAAAUUGAUCAAAGUUAUCAAGAAGAAACUCAUCAGAAAGGUACUGGACAUGAUCAAGAAGAUUCCCAAAGAGGAUUCUGAGACGUUUUGGAAGGAAUAUAGCACAAACAUCAAAUUAGGCAUAAUUGAGGAUCCUCAGAAUCGUGCGAGACUAUCCAAGAUGUUGCAAUUCCACUCGUCGACGCAGAAAGAAAUGACCUCUCUGCCCGAAUAUGUAUCCCGCAUGAAGGCCAAUCAGCAACAUAUCUACUACAUCGCUGGUUCGUCCGAGGAUGAAGUAAAGAAGUCGCCAUUCGUCGAAAGGCUGGAGAAGAAGGGCUACGAGGUGCUGUAUCUGACAGAGGCGGUGGACGAGUACGCGAUAUCGGCAUUGCCCGAGUUCGAUGGUAAAAAGUUUCAGAAUGUUGCAAAGGAAGGUUUCACGCUGGACGAGGGAGAACGGGCGAAAGAACGAAUGGAACAGUUGAAGACGACGUUUGAGCCUCUAGUCAAAUGGCUGAGUGACAUCCUGAAGGAUCAUAUCAGCAAGGCGCAAGUGUCGGAACGCCUGACCGAUUCGCCUUGUGCCUUGGUUGCCAGCAUGUUUGGCUGGACCGGAAAUAUGGAACGUUUGGCGAUCUCAAACGCGCAUCAGAAAACCGAUGAUCCACAGAAGAGCUACUAUUUGAACCAGAAGAAGACUUUGGAAGUUAAUCCGAGGCAUCCACUCAUCAGAGAACUGCUACGCAGAGUCGAGGUUGACUCGGCCGAUCAGACAGCCAAGGACAUUGCACUGAUGAUGUUCCGCACGGCAACUUUACGAUCGGGUUACAUGCUACGGGAAACUGCCAGUUUUGCAGAUAGCGUGGAACAACUAAUGAGGAAGAGCCUAGGAAUCUCUUUAGACGAGGUGCCCGAGGAGGAGGAAUCGCAGGACGAAGAAGCAAGUAACGAGAAGGUCUCGGACAUCGACGCCGAGGAUGAUAAGAAAUAUGAAGAGGAGGAGGAGGAGGAUGAGAAGCACGAUGAGUUGUAAUAAUAGAGGGGAAUGUAAAGCGAUAUUCGAAAGACUUGUUCUAAAAGCGUAGCUAUACAAUGUAUAGUUACCUUGAGUUUGCUCUCCCAAAUGCGACCUUCGUACUGUCGCAAGUUUGUAAACAAUUUAGAUAUGUACAAUUUGAUACGUUAUUUCAGUCUGGUAUCGUGAUAAUUUUCAUAAUUGUCAAUAUUGUUAAACCUAAGGAAGGUGUAACGUAUCUAAAUUCUUUUGUUUUUUUUUUUAUAUGAAACAUUAAUCACAAUGUUGUCAUCCUAAGCAUUGAAAUCAUAUCUAUCAUCGAUAUCAGUUAAUUGCGAAUUUUGGAGAGAUUGAAAUAAUUUAUUAUAUAUUCUUUUGAUCUUCCACAUGAUUUUAGUAACGCGAAGAAAGUAUUGACUGAACGUUACUGACGUAUAGUAUGUUUGUGAUACGUGUGAGUGUAUUUGUACAUGAAAUAUACAAAUUAUAUUAAAAUGAAUUAUAUCUGCGGUACUGA